AUGGCGGGUGACCGACAAGGCGGCUGGGAUUUGGGCGGCAAGAACCUCGAAGAGCUGGCGGCGGAAGCCGCCCAGUUCAAGGGCGAGAGUCUUUGGCAGGACGCCUGGCGUCGCUUGAAAGCCAACCGCACUGCGUGGUGGAGCCUCGUGUUCCUGGGCAUCUUUGUGUCGAUCGCAAUGCUCGCACCACUCUUGCCCAUCCCCUCUCCAGUCUUCCUCGAUCUUCAACUGGAGCCGCAACCGCCCGUCUGGCCGUGGGUGGCAUUUGGAAUGGGCGGCUUCGAGCCUCAGUAUUGGGAGCUGUCGGCCCUGGAUGACCUUCUGGUAGAGGCUCGCGUUGCCAUCUUUGGCGAUUGGCAAACCGGGAAUUGGCUCGGCACGGACGGUAAGGGCCGCGAUAUCUUGGCGCGCAUCAUCUGGGGUAGUCGGACGUCCAUCCUCGUUUCCCUAGCAGCCGCCUUCUGCUCGCUCGCUAUCGGCGUGUCCUAUGGCGCGGUCGCAGGCUACCUCGGCGGUCGUAUUGACAACUUGAUGAUGCGCGUGGUCGACAUUCUGUACUCGAUCCCGUUCAUCUUCUUGGUGAUUUUUUUGAUCACAAUCGUCAACGAGUAUCGCACCGAACUCGAAGACAACUACGGCAUCGAUCGCGAGACGGUGUUCUACGUGGUGAUUGGAGCCGUCUACUGGUUGACGAUGGCCCGCGUUGUGCGCGGCCAAGUGCUUUCGUUGCGCAACCAGGAAUUCAUCGAAGCCGCCCGCGCCCUCGGAGCUUCCACCGCCCGCAUCGUCUUUGUCCAUCUCGUUCCGAACGUGCUGUCCAUAGUGAUCGUCUACCUGACGCUGACGAUCCCCGCAGUGAUGCUCUUCGAAGCGUUCCUGUCCUUCCUCGGUUUAGGCAUCGAACCACCGAAGGUCUCCUGGGGCAUUCUCGCGGUCGACGGCAGCGAAAUGGUGAACCCGGUGCGCCUGUACUGGUGGCUCGUGAUCUUCCCAGCAGGCGCGAUGGGCGCCACCCUACUUGCACUCAACUUGCUCGGAGACGGCUUGCGCGACGCUUUAGACCCCAAGAUGCGAGGACGGGAUUGA